GCUGGCAGCGCUCCCAGCCGCUCCCUCCUGCGUUCCUUCCUUUCCUCCUCCCUCCCCUCGGUGCUCCCUGGGCUUCACCCUACCCCCUCUUCCUCCCUACCUUGUCCCCCUCUGACUUCAGGUGUUUCUGAUCCCUCCCUUCCCCCACCCCGGGCCGAGGUAUGCAGAGAAGGCUCCUCCAUGCCCACCUUCCAGGAGAAAAAUCCAGGCAGGGCUGCAGGGCCCACACGGAGGGCCCCUCCCACUAACUACCCCAGGCCGGGCUGGAGGGCCAAGUAGAGCUCCUGCUGGAGUCACGAUGCCUGACUGGUUCUGCUGGUUUCAGUGGCCAGCACUGGGAGGGGCACGCACACGGGGCAGGCUUUGGGGCACAAUUAUUUUUCAUCUUGACUCUUGCCACCUUCCAGCCCACCGGUUAGAGAGGUAAAGACAGGUUUGAGUCACUAGUGAGGGGGAGGACAGGAGUUAAACUAGUGUUGGCUGUGACAUCCCCACAGAAGACCUGCCACCGGCUGGACCGAAAGACAACAGGCAAGACCCAUGUGGAACCCAAGGACGCAGCCGCCCUGCUGAGAGCACGGCGGCCCAUCCUUGGAAACCGUGACCUCGCGACGACGACGGUGGCCCUCAGCCCUCCACCUCCGGCUGGGGCGGGGGGCAUCCAUCUCCAAGUCCCCAGCCAUGACGACCUCAGCGCUGCGGCGCCAGGUGAAAAACAUCGUGCACAACUACUCCGAGGCAGAAAUCAAGGUGCGAGAGGCCACCAGCAAUGACCCCUGGGGCCCGCCCAGCUCGCUCAUGUCGGAGAUUGCCGACCUGACCUUCAACACGGUAGCCUUUGCUGAGGUCAUGGGCAUGCUGUGGCGGCGGCUCAAUGACAGUGGCAAGAAUUGGAGGCAUGUGUACAAGGCGCUAACACUGCUGGACUACCUGCUCAAGACAGGCUCCGAGCGGGUGGCCCACCAGUGCCGCGAGAACCUCUUCACCAUCCAGACGCUCAAGGACUUCCAGUACAUCGAUCGUGAUGGCAAGGACCAGGGCGUCAACGUGCGCGAGAAGGUCAAACAGGUGAUGGCCCUGCUGAAGGAUGAGGAGCGACUCCGGCAGGAGCGGACCCACGCCCUCAAGACCAAGGAGCGCAUGGCGCUGGAGGGCAUGGCCAUGGGCAGCGCGCAGCUGGGCUUCAGCCGCCGCCAUGGCGAGGACUACGGCCGCGCGAGGGGCUCCCCGUCCUCGUACAACUCUUCCUCCUCAUCCCCUCGCUACACCUCAGACCUGGAGCAGGCCCGGCCCCAGACAUCAGGAGAAGAGGAGCUCCAGCUGCAGCUGGCCCUGGCCAUGAGCCGUGAGGAGGCUGAGAAGCCGGUCCCCCCAGCCUCCCACAGGGAUGAGGACCUGCAGCUGCAGCUGGCUCUGCGCCUGAGCCAGCAGGAGCACGAGAAGGAGGUGAGAUCCUGGCGGGGAGAUGAUUCCCCCAUGGCCAAUGGUGCUGGGGCAGUAGUCCACCGUCGGCGGGACAGAGAGCCCGAGAGAGAAGAGAGAAAGGAGGAGAAGCUGAAAACCAGCCAGUCCUCCAUCCUGGACUUGGCAGACAUCUUCGCGCCUGCCCCGGCCCCGCCCUCCACACACUGCUCUGCUGACCCAUGGGACAUCCCAGGUCUUCGGCCCAACACAGAGCCCACUGGCUCCUCCUGGGGGCCUUCUGCAGACCCCUGGUCUCCAGUCCCCUCGGGAAGCAUCCUGUCCCGAAGCCAGCCGUGGGACCUGCCCCCUACACUCUCCUCCUCUGAGCCCUGGGGCCGGACCCCAGUGCUGCCUGCCAGCCCCACCUCCACAGACCCCUGGGCACAGAACUCCGCCCACCACAAACUCAACACUGGGGCUGACCCUUGGGGGACCUUGGUGGAGACUUCCAACACACCUGCUCUAGGUGGUACCUCAACCUUUGACCCGUUUGCCAAACCUCCAGUAUCCACAGAGACCAAGGAGGGGCUGGAGGGUGCCCAGGCCCUGCCCUCUGGGAAAUCCAGCAGUCCUGUGGAGCUGGACCUGUUUGGAGACCCCAUCCCCAGUUCCAAGCAAAAUGGCACCAAGGAGCCAGAUGUCUUUGACUUGGGUGCAGUGGAGGAAGCACUAACCCAGCCCAGCAAGGAGGCCCGAGCUCGCACUCCUGAGUCUUUCCUGGGCCCCUCAGCCUCCUCCUUGGUCAACCUUGACUCCUUAGUCAAGGCACCCCAGGCUGCAAAGACCCGGAACCCCUUCCUGACAGAUCUCAGCGUUCCAUCCCCCACCAACCCGUUCGGCGGGGGCGAGCAAGGGAGGCCAAGCCUGAACCAGAUGCGCACCGGGUCGCCGGCGCUCGGCCUGGCGGUCGGCGGGCCAAUCGGUGCGCCCUUGGGCUCCAUGACCUACAGCGCCUCCCUGCCCCUCCCACUCAGCAGCGUGCCGGCCGGCAUGACCCUCCCCGCCUCGGUCAGCGUCUUCCCGCGGGCCGGCGCCUUCACGCCGCCGCCCGCCGGCCUGCCGCCGCCGUUACUGCCCACGUCCGGAUCUGCCGGGCCGCUCCACCCUGCCGCACCAGCCGGAACCAACCCUUUCCUCUGAGAACCGCCUGGCCCGGGGCACCCAGCGCGUGCGCGCGAAGCCCCGCCCCCGGCGCAGACCGCGCUGGACCCGCCUCCCUAGGCCCUCGGCGGGGCGGGGCUUCCAUCCAGAGCCCGCCCUGGGAAGCCCAGAACUGCGGAGACUCCGCCCCGAGGCCUGCACGGAUGCUGGUCAUGGCCUCUGCAGACUCUUGGCAGUUCCAGGAGCUAGAGACAGGACUUCCCGGGGACCGAGAGCACGCCCCCGUAAUAAAGAGCUGAACCCACGGCCUCAGCUCUCACCAAGUGGACUUUUUACGGGACGUGGCAGCCGGGUCUGGACCGCAGCACGAAUGACCGGCUGCCGUGGAAACAACUGCUCCACAAUGUGGGGCACAAAAAUGCUCCCACUUCCCACACCACCACCUCCGCCUGGCAUCUUCGCUUCCAGAUGCUCCCCACGCUGUCACUCAUUCGAUCAUUUCAUUCAUUUAUCACACAUAGGCGCUGGGGAUGAUCUAAUAGCAAGGAACAAUAGGCAGUUGUUCCCAUUUAUUGCACUCUCCGUGCUAAGCACUUUAGACAGAUUAUUUCAUUUAACCUUUGCAACAACCCUCUGAGGUAGAUAAUAAUAUUACUCCCAUUCAGUACUGGCUAAUUUGUGGGGUCCAGUGCAAAAUGAAAAUGGGGGCCUCUUGUUCAAAGUUGGGUUAAGAAUUUCAAAAUAGAGCCAGCAGAGCAUUAAACCAAGUGCAAAGCCCUUGGCCCUGUUCCCAUUUUAUAGGAGAUGAAACUGAGGCUCAGAGAGGUUAAAUGGCAUGCUCAAAGUCACAGAACUAGCAUGGAGUGGGGCUAGGAUUCAGAGUCAGACAGUCUGGCUUCACAGCUUUGCACUCCCAGGCUGUGCAGCAGGUUUAAUUCGCAAAUAUUGACUGACUGUGAACAAAAUGCUGGACUCACCUGGGAGGGAACCAAGAAUUGCUAAACCUACAGCCUCCAGUAGCUCAGAACUCAGUGGGGCAGGCAAGCCAGGUACAGGAGCCUCCAGGCUUCUUUGUUUUAAGUCACCUUAAAUCUGGCUUUACCCUCCUCUCCUUCUCCAGGGCUGGCAAUAAACUCAAUCUCAGUCAUGCAGAGGGCGCCUGACCCCUUCUGCAGGUUUAUGUGGGGUCUGGGAAACCAAGGGGAGGGGUAGGGCCUAGUACCUCAUCCCUGUGGGCCACCAUGGUCACCCUCCCUCCUUUUCUACUCAGUGCUCUCCAAUCACUGGACUACCGGACACUGAUGUGUCCUCAGUGCUCAGGGUCUGGUCCUGCCGGCAGCCUGCUGCCAGCCCCACCCCCUUUUGGAGCUCUGGGGAAAAUGGCCUUGUAUAGGCCAGAAAUACCAAAGUUUGGGGGUGGGGGGGACAAACACAAUGCUGCUCUCCUUCCUAAAGGGGGUGGGGUGGGGAAAGGAGCGGCUUUGCUGUUUUGGAGGGAGGGAGUCCCACCUUGGCUGUUAAAGGCAGGAUGGACAAGAGCACCUAGUAAGGAGUCAGACCAAAUAGUUUAAAACUCUGCUCCAAGGUUUGCACUUAAUAAUAAUAAUCACUUAGUAAUAAGUGGUUAUGCUUCCUGACCAGGAGUAAAUUACUUAACCUCUCUAUGACUCUGCCUCUGUUUCCUUGUCAAAUGGGAACAAGAGUUCCUUCCUUGUGAGGUUGCUAUGUGGCUCCUCCCAGGCCACUGUCCAUUUGGACCUGGGUCCACCCUCUUCAGAGACUAACCAUGAGGAAUGAACCUACCAUACCCCCUCAUUCCUGGUUUGCCCGGCACUGCCCAGAGUCCAGUCCUUAUCUGUCUUCUGCUGCAAAAUUAAGGGCGUCUCCAUCCUUGGUCACUGACCCAUCCUUUACCCUCCCCUACUUGGGCCCUCCUCUAAACUGGCUCUCUCUGCAGACACUGCUUCCCUGACCUCUCUCCCAAAGGGUGCUGUUUUGAUUCCCACAAAAAAGAGGUUGGCAGCUGUGCCCCCCAUAGCUGCUUCCAGCCACCUUCCUCCUGUAAGACCUCUCCUUAGACGCUGGAGCCACUGGGCUGUCCUGCCUCCUCCCUGUCUAGGGCUGUGUUCCGCCUCAUUCUUGCCAUGCUUCAGUCUUGGCUCACAGUCUUCUCACCCAGAUCUUGCUCAAUCCCAUGUGACACCAUUGUCCAAGAGGAUGCCCUUGCCGCCCCCGAUCUGUCAGCUACCGUCACCCAUGGUCACACUUUUGGGGGUUGUCAUCACCCCAAAUUCCUCCACAUUCAAGGCAGGAAUCUAUUAUCUGUUCUUACCCUCGUUUCUUCCAGGGAACACCCACCAGACCCUCCUGCCUGGCCUGUUAACCCUUUUCCUAUCCCACCUCCACCUUCUCAGAGCUCUCCAUAUCAUUAAUCGUCUUCUCUCAACUGAAUCCUUCCCCUUGAUUUGUCAUAAUUAGCCUCAUCCAUCUUGAAAGUGUCUUUCCCUUCACAUCAAGUGUCCAUCCUAUCUCUCUAUGUCCCCUUUCUUUCCCCUCCACCCUCAACCCACUCCACCUGCCUCUGCUGAUAGCUUCACCUCACUGGAACACCAGCUGCCAAGCCAAUCAAUAGCCUCCAUGUUUUUGAAACCAGUGGACCUUUCUUUGUCCCAUCCCAGUUGCCAUCGCUGGAGUCUGACCAUGCAUACCCUCCCUCCUUGCAACUCUCUGUCCCUUUGCCUCUGGGGCACCACUCUUUCCUGGUUUUCCCUUGACAUUCUGGCUGUUCCUUCUGUGUGUCUUUCAUGGGUGCAUUCCAGCGAUCCCUGAGCCCAGUCCUGAGCCUGCCUUUCUCCUCUUGCUGCAGUCUUCCUGGAUCAUCUCUCCCAUGCUCGCACUGUCUCCACACCAAUUCCUCUCUCCCACCAACCUCCUCUGCGUUCCAAAGCCUUGUCAUCUUCAUAUGUAUAUCCAAAGGGCACCUCAAACCAACAUACCCAAAAAUGAACCCCCACCCGAGCCUCUCCCUGUGCCACCCUCAGCAAAUGGUCCCACGAUCCAGCACAAGUCCCACUCUGCAAAGCACUCUUGACAUCUCCCUCCCCGCCAAUCAUGGUGAUGUUUCCUGCUCUACAGACCUCAAGCCCAUCCCCUUUGUCUACCUCCACCUGGUGCAGACCUCCGCCAUCGCCCCUGGUCCUGCUAUGGCCUAACCACUCCUGCUGCCGCUCUUGCCCCUUUCCAGUCCAUUCUCCACCAGGAAAACAGAGGGAACUUUCUAAAAUACAGGGUCACUCCCCCGACUAAAGCCCUUCAAUAGCUUAAUAGCUUUCUUCUGCUCUCAUCAAUAACCAGAACUCCUUCUCACAGUUCAUGAGUCCCUCCAAGACCCUGUCCUCCCCACCCAACCUCAACCGCGUCUGCUGACUCUCUUUCCUUUGCUUUGUCCUGCAGCCAGGCCUGCCUCCUGCAGUGCCUCAGCCCUGACUCACUGUGAUGCCACAGGGCCUUUGCACAUCUGUUCCUCCUGCUUCCCCAGUAGCACCCCCACCCCCACUCCCUCUCCAGAUUCCAUCCUCUUGAAGGCUGCUACACAAAUGGGAUUUCCUCAGGGAAGCCUUCCCCCACCUCUCCCACCAGACCAGUGUUCCUUGUUAUACUUAGUCAUGCCACCGC